GGCUGCAGGGCAAUAUGAUAUGUGCGCGGUGACGUCCGGGCGGCGCUCUACGUUAACUGCGUAUGUUUUCGCUGCGGUAAACCUGUCCGGGGCGUAAAGGGAUGGUAAUCGCCGUCGGACACCCAGCCUGAGAGAGGCGAACCAGACAGGCGUAGAGGGGGUAAAUACCGCAGCGAGCCAUUUAAGAAAGAGCCAGUGGCUAGCAAACAGGCACGCAGAACCAUGGGCCACGGCGUGGGCUGAGGAUCCCGAGGGCUUUGUGAACACGCAAGCGCCGUCGCUGCGAUCUGUGACAUGGCCUCGGCCGCAUCGCGGGCGGACAGCUGUAACAGCCACGGGGGGAGGUCCCAGCUGCAAGCCGUCGUGUCCAGCGCUAAACUUAAGCGGAAGAAGAACUGGUUCGGGACGGCCGUGUACGUGGAGCUGGCGGCGGACGGGGAGGUGUGCAGGACGGCCAAAUCGCACAGCUCCUCCAACCCCAAGUGGGACGAACGGCUGACGCUGAAUGUAACGCCGCACAGCAACCUGGACUUCAAGGUGUGGAGCCACCACACUCUGAAGGCCGAUGCGCUGCUGGGGAAAGCCACGCUCGACCUCCACCAGGUCCUGGAGCUGCACCACCGCAAGCUGGAGAAUGUGAAGGAGGUGCUGAAGCUGACCUUGGACGGGAAGAACGGGGCGUCCAUCACCACGGGGGAGCUGACCGUCUUCCUGGACGGUCUGACCGUGGAGCAGGUGUCGCUAAGCAACGGGACGGGCAGCAGCACCCCCACCACCACCAAAACGCAGCAGAACGGAGACGCCAUCCACCAGAAUGGCGGGGAGACCUCCACCAGGGCUCGGUCGCGCUCUUUCAACGGGAUAGAGAGCGAAGGCCCCUCCACCUCAUCAGCGCACAGCGACUCGAGCUCCGCCCCCGUCGUCAACGGAAACGGCUCCUCGCCUGCCCGCCGACCGGUCAGCCCCCAGGACACGCCCACGAAAAGGCCAGCCGACGGCCAGAUCGCCAACGGCACGGUCAAUGGAGAGACCCCUGCCCCUGCCCCUGCCCCUGCCUCUGCCAUGGAAGAGGUGCUGCCCCCUGCUGGAGGCUCUGAGGAGAACAAUGAAGCAGCCAACAGCACCGCCAGCCCCGCCCCUGUCUCGAACCACCCGCCUGAGGCUUCGUCCGCCCCCGCCAGCACUGCUGACACACCUUCAUCCUCCUCCUCCUCGACCCCUGCCCCCACGGUGACCUCCAACUCGGAGGCUUGGGGCAGCAGCAGCAACAGCAGUGCCCAGGAUGGAGUGAAGCCCAGGCAGCAGACCAGGAGCACCAACACCACUGACCCUCUGCCGCCAGGAUGGGAGCAGAGGAAAGACCUGCAUGGCAGGACAUACUACGUGGAUCACAACACCAGAACCACCACAUGGGAGAGACCGCAACCCCUGCCGACGGGCUGGGAGCGGCGGGUGGACGACCGUGGCCGGAUCUACUAUGUGGAUCACAACACCAGGACCACCACCUGGCAGCGGCCCACCAUGGAGUCGGUCCGCAACUUCGAGCAGUGGCAGUCCCAGCGCAGUCAGCUGCAGGGAGCUAUGCACCAGUUCAACCAGAGAUACCUCUACUCGGCCUCUAUGAUGUCUGCGGAGAACGACCCCCUCGGCCCCCUGCCUCCUGGCUGGGAGCGGCGAGUGGACUCAAAUGAUCGGGUUUACUUUGUCAACCACAACACAAAGACCACUCAGUGGGAGGAUCCUCGAACGCAAGGACUGCAGAACGAGGACCCGCUGCCCGAGGGCUGGGAGAUCCGCUACACCCGCGAGGGCGUCCGCUACUUCGUGGAUCACAACACCCGGACGACCACCUUCAGCGACCCCCGCACGGGGAAGUCCUCAGUCACCAAAGGCCCGCAGAUAGCGUACGAGCGCAGCUUCCGGUGGAAGCUGGCCCAUUUCCGCUACCUGUGUCAGUCAAACGCAUUACCCAGCCAUGUUAAAAUCACUGUGUCUCGACAAACGCUGUUUGAGGAUUCUUUCCAACAAAUCAUGGCCCUGAAGCCUUACGACCUGCGGAGGAGGCUGUACGUCAUCUUCAGAGGGGAGGAGGGGCUGGACUACGGUGGCCUGGCAAGGGAGUGGUUCUUCCUGCUCUCCCACGAGGUGCUCAACCCCAUGUACUGCCUGUUUGAGUACGCCGGCAAGAACAACUACUGUCUGCAGAUCAACCCUGCCUCCACCAUCAACCCCGACCACCUGUCCUACUUCUGCUUCAUUGGACGCUUCAUCGCCAUGGCGCUGUUUCACGGCAAGUUCAUCGACACAGGCUUCUCCCUGCCCUUCUACAAGCGCAUGCUUAACAAGAAGCUCACCAUCAAAGACCUGGAGUCCAUCGACCCCGAGUUCUACAACUCCCUCAUCUGGAUCAGGGAUAACAACAUUGAGGAGUGUGGGCUGGAGAUGUACUUCUCUGUGGACAUGGAGAUCCUUGGAAAAAUUACCUCGCACGACCUGAAGCCCGACGGAGCCAACUUGCUGGUGACGGAGGAGAACAAAGAGGAGUACAUCGGGCUGAUGGCGGAGUGGCGCUUCUCUCGUGGUGUGGAAGAACAAACCAAAGCUUUCCUGGACGGGUUCAACGAGGUGGUGCCUCUGCAGUGGCUGCAGUACUUCGAUGAGAAGGAGCUGGAGGUGAUGUUGUGCGGGAUGCUGGAGGUGGACCUGCAGGACUGGCAGAGGAACACGGUCUACCGUCACUACACCCGCAACAGCAAGCAGAUCAUCUGGUUCUGGCAGUUCGUGAAAGAGGUGGACAACGAGGUUCGCCUGAGAUUGAUGCAGUUCGUUACGGGGACGUGUCGGCUGCCACUAGGGGGCUUCGCUGAGCUCAUGGGCAGUAACGGCCCUCAGAAGUUCUGCAUCGAGAAGGUGGGGAAGGACACCUGGCUCCCCCGCAGUCACACCUGCUUUAACAGACUGGACUUGCCACCGUAUAAGAGCUACGAGCAGCUGAAGGAGAAGCUACUCUUUGCCAUUGAGGAGACGGAAGGAUUUGGCCAGGAGUGAAGAUCAUUGAGUUGCUGUCUCUCAGAACACAUCUCAGAAUAAGCUUCCCUUCUGUACUCUGCCCAGCCAAGUAAAAAAAUAGCUACAUAA